UACAAAACAGCUGAGAAAAGUGCUAUUUCAAAAAAUACAAUCAACAAAAAAAUUUACCUAAACUAUGAGUUUUGUGAAACUUCUUACAAGAUAAAUUAUUAAAUAAAUGAAUAACUAUAUCAAAACUACUUUAACUAUAAUUUUAUUAUGGGCUCCGCAAGUCCUACCAGUCGAAUUCGACUGCAACGACUUGCAUAUGGGCCAAUAUCUUUGUCCGGAUCCUAACAAAAAUCCUAUUGACCCCAAAACACAACAAUUCCGAGGAUGUACCAAAGAAAACAAAGCAAAAGUUUGGUGCAUUGCUGUGGAUGGUAUUGAAUGCACUGAAACUAAAAAUAACACAUUCACCAGAGAACUUCCUUGCAAAUGGACUAAUGGCUAUCGCUUUGACACAGCACUUCUCUUAUCGGUGUUCUUAGGCAUGUUUGGAAUUGAUCGAUUCUACUUGGGUUAUCCAGCAAUUGGCUUGGCAAAGCUAUGUACGCUGGGUUUUAUGUUCCUUGGACAACUCAUUGAUAUUGUUUUGAUUGCAAUGCAAGUAGUAGGACCUGCUGAUGGUUCGGCAUAUAUUAUUCCAUAUUAUGGAGCCGGUGUCACAAUAAUUAAAAGUGAUAACACUACAUAUCGGCUUCCAAGGGACGAUUGGUAAUAAGAAUAGGUUUAUUUUUUACUAUAAGAAGUUUUUUGUAAAUAUUUUAAUGAAUUAAAUAAAAUAAGUAUGUAAGUAUAAUUUUUUAACAA